AUAAUAAUUAAGAAUCAAGUCAACACUAUUCUACCAUUUUCUUUGAUUUCUAAAAAUGGCCUCACCAAAGUUGAUUUCAGUUAUGUCAAUGCUUGUGACAACCAUGGUUUUGAUUAAUGUGAUGAUUGUUGGAGCAGCAAAAACAUGGUGUGUGGCAAAGAAGGGAGCUGAUACCACAACAUUACUUAGUGCUUUAAAUUAUGCAUGUGGAGCUGGAGCUGAUUGUGAGCCUAUUCAGUCCACUGGACUUUGUUUUAAUCCAGACACUGUCGAAGGACAUGCUUCCUAUGCUUUUAAUAGUUACUAUCAAAUUCAGAAGCAAGCCGAUGGCUCUUGCGAUUUUGGUGGCAGUGCAACCACUGUUGAAAUUGAUCCAAGUAUGCAUAUCAAUACUCCUUUAAUUAGUUAUGAAAAGUGUGUAUAUCCAUCUUCCUGA